AUGGCAGAGAUCAAGAUCAAAGAAAUAGACGUCUUCCAGGUCGACUUACCAUAUUCUGGGGGCGUGUAUCAUCUUUCUGGAGGACGAACGUACACCAGCUUUGACGCCACGAUCGUGCGGAUUACGACAGACAACGGCAUAGAAGGCUGGGGCGAAAGUACCCCGUUUGGCUCGACUUACAUCGCCGCACAUGCUCGAGGUGUUCGCGCAGCGAUCGAAGAAAUCGCUCCUCACUUGAUCGGACUGGAUCCACGAAGGGUCGAUCGCAUCAACGAUGCAAUGGAUGCUGCUUUAGUUGGCCAUGAGUCUGCAAAGUCAGCCCUCGACAUUGCGUGUUGGGACAUCUUUGGAAAGUCGACAGGAUUGCCGGUGUGUGAGCUGCUUGGUGGCCGGACUGAGCAUGAGUUACCGAUUAUCUCGUCAAUACACGUUGGCGAUCCUGCUGCGAUGCGUGUGCGGGUUGGGCGACAUCGCGAGCGAGGAUAUGUUGGGCAUUCUGUCAAAAUCGGAGGCGAUCCAGAGAUUGAUGCCAGGCGAAUCGCCGAGUCUCUCGCUGACAAGCAGCCUGGCGAAUUCUUCUUAGUAGAUGGCAAUGGAGGGCUGACGGUAGAGACAGCCUUGCGAAUGCUGAGAUUGCUGCCGCCCGGAUUGGAUUUCGUCCUGGAAGCACCCUGCGCGACAUGGCAUGAGAACUUGUCUCUUCGGCGCAGGACUGACAUCCCCAUCAUCUUCGACGAGUUGGCCACAACGCCUUCGAGCGUAGUACAGAUGAUCGCCAAUGAUGCGGGGGAAGGCAUCAACCUCAAAAUCUCCAAGGCUGGCGGCCUCACGCAGUCCCGGCGAAUUCGUGAUCUUUGCAUUGCUGCGGGUUACACAAUGCCGGUGCAAGACACAGUUGGUUCAGACAUUGCUUUCGCGGCCAUUGUUCAUUUCGCUCAGACUAUACCUGAGCGGUACUUGCGUUGCGUGUUGGAGUGCCGCGACAUGGUGACUUUGAAGACAGCCGAUGGCGCGUUCGAAGGGGCGUUUGAUGUGCACGAUGGGCGGGUGAUGGCGCCAAUUGCUCCUGGCCUUGGGAUUUUUCCUCGUUUGGAAGUUCUUGGGCAGCCUGUGAUGUCGUUGCGAUGA